AUGGAGAUAGCCUCCACCACUCUCUCCGCGGCCGCCUCACCGGCGGAGACUCCCGCGCCGGUCGGGGCCGUCGGGGCGGCGGGUUCCCCGCGGUGGGGAGGCGGUGGUCGGCGGCCCCCGGAGCCUGGCCCGGCGUCAGGGGAACCAAUGCGGAAUUUCCUGGCUGGCGGCGGGGCCCCUCCCGCCGCUGCCGAGAGGGGCGCGGGGGAGGCGGCGCGGAGCUCGCACUGCGGCUUCCGCCCGCCGAGCAGCGGCCGGGGCAGGGCGGGCACCGGGCACGGCGGAGCAGCGGCGGGCGGGGGUGCGAGGGCAGAGCGCCCGGCCCCGCAUGGGAUGGGCCGGGUCAGGCCGGGCCCCGCCGCUCCGAUGGCCAUGGCGGCCCCUGGGCUGCGCCCGCCCCGCCGCGCCCGGGCCGGAGCCUCGCUGCUGCUGCCGCUGCUGCUGCCGCUGCCGCUGCUGCUGCUGCCGAGCCGCGGAGCCGCGCAGGAUCUGAGCCCCCGCGGCAGGAACGUCUGCAGGGCCGGCGGCUCCUCAGUGCUCGUGUGCUGCCCAGGAUGGAGGCAGCAAGGAAGUGAAUGUUUGAUAGCUGUGUGCGAGGGCAACUUCACCUGCAAGGAAAACGAGGUGUGUGUCCGGCCUGGCGAGUGCCGCUGCCGCCAUGGGUACUUCGGUGCCACCUGCGACACCAAGUGUCCCCGGCAGUUCUGGGGUCCCGACUGCAAGGAGAUGUGCAGCUGCCACCCCAACGGGCAGUGCGAGGACGUGACGGGCCAGUGCACCUGCAACCCCAACCGCUGGGGCCCCAAGUGCGAGAGCCUCUGCCUCUGCAAGCACGGCAAGUGCGACCAGCGGACGGGGAAAUGCGCCUGCGAGCCCAACUGGUGGGGCCCCCAGUGCUCCACCUCCUGCUACUGCAGCCACAACUCCCAGUGCGACCAGCAGACGGGCAACUGCCUGUGCCAGCCCGGCUGGUGGGGCCGCGGCUGCAACAACCAAUGCUCCUGCAACAACUCGCCCUGCGAGCAGUUCACGGGGCGCUGCCAGUGCCGGGAGCGCACCUUCGGCCCCCGCUGCGACCGCUACUGCCAGUGCUAUAAGGGCAAGUGCAACCCGCUGGACGGCACCUGCGCCUGCGAGCCGGGCUACCGGGGCAAGUACUGCCGGGAGCCCUGCCCCGCCGGCUUCUACGGCCAAGGAUGCAGGAGGCGGUGCGGGCAGUGCAAGAGCCUGCAGCCGUGCACCGUGGCAGAUGGGCGCUGCCUGACCUGCGAGCCGGGCUGGAACGGUACCAAGUGCGACCAGCCCUGCUCGCCCGGCUUCUAUGGAGAGGGCUGCGAGAAGCUUUGCCCCCCCUGCAAGGACGGCCACACCUGCAACCACAUCAACGGGAAGUGCUCCCACUGCAAUCCGGGCUGGAUCGGAGACCGGUGUGAAACCAAGUGCCGGAACGGGACGUACGGGGAGAACUGUGCCUUCGUCUGCAGCGACUGCGCCAACGGCCAGUGCCACUUCGAGACCGGCCGCUGCCUCUGCCACCCCGGCUCCCAUGGCACCUACUGUAACCUGACCUGCCCGCCCGGCCGCUACGGAGCCAACUGCGCCGAAGCCUGCAGCUGCCACGACGGUGCCUGCGACCCCCUGACGGGCGCCUGCCACAUGGAAGCCAACCAGCGGAUGGGGGUGAUCGGGGCGGGAGCACUCUUGGCGCUGUUGCUCACUCUCCUGCUGUCGCUGCUAUGCUGCUGCUGCCUCUGCCGCAAGAAGGACGAAGCCCGCGGCUCCAGCCAGGACCCAGCAGCAGCCAAGAAGCCUCCCAGAUGCCUGUGUGGGCGGUUCAGCCGCAUUGGCAUGAAGCUGCCACGCAUCCCCCUGCGCCGCCAGAAGCUACCCAAGGUUGUGGUGGCCCACCAUGACCUGGAGAACACCUUGAACUGCAGCUUCAUCGAGCCACCCUCUGUGGUGGAGCAGCCUUCCCCAUCUUGGUCGUCCCGCGGCUCCUUCUCCUCCUUCGACACCACAGACGAGGGGCCGGUGUACUGCGUGCCCCACGAAGAGAGCGUGGGCGACAACAGGGACAGGGGGACGCCUGCCGGCCCUGGGGACAAGCUGGUGGCCCCAGCCGGUGGGGAAGAAGGAGGCGAAUACACCUUCCUGAAGGAGACGGGCUCGGUCAGAGCCUUCCCGGCUGACAGCAGCGAGAUGCCCCUGCUCAAGUCCUCCGACAGCGAACGAUCCUCCUGCGGCUCGGGCUCGGCCGCCGCCGCCGCCCUCUACGCCCGCGUCGCUCGCCACUCCAAGCACUCCAGGGAGGAAGAGGAGGGCGCCGCCGACCCCCGCAGCCCCGGGAAGCCGCCAUCCCCAGAAAGGACCAAGCCUCGUCCCCCGGACCCGGCCACAAAGCCCAAAGUCUCCUGGAUCCACGGCAGGUACGGCUCCAGCCAGUCCAACUCGCUGCCGGCUCCCAGUCGGUCACCGGAGCGCGCGGCUGCCCGUUCCGGCAGCCCCGAGCAAGGGCAGGACUUGGCCAAGAGGAAGAGGAGCCCGAGCGAGACAUCGGCCGGCGUUCAGGGCAGGGCGGAGGAGAGGGGCGGUGCGCGGGGCAAAGAGAAAGCGCAGAAGCAGCCCAAGGAGCCUGGCGGCCCGGAGGGCAAAGCCAGCCUCAGCGCGGAGCCCCAGUCGCCCUCCAAGCCCAAGCAGAGGAGUAAAGCCGGUUUGGAACCGACGGAGGGCAUCAACGGGGCGGUGCAGAGCGCCUUCCGCAAGAUGGGAGCCUUCCAGCAGCCGGAGCGGCGCGCCGGGGACAGCCGGGAUGCUCCCCGCAGCCCCGGCGCCGGCAAAGCCCGCUCUGAGCCCCUCCCUCCGCAGCUGGCCUCCGAGCUGGCCGCCCAGCUGAAGGAAAAGACUCAGAGCCUCAACAAGGGGGACGGGGGCAGCCGGGCGAACGGCGUGGGUGCCCAGCGGGAGAAACCCACCCCUCCGCAGAAAGCCAAGCGCUCGCCAGCCGCCGCUGGGCAGAAGACCGGCAAGCCCUUGCUGCCCACCUCCCCCCACCUGCAAAAACUGAUCCCCGCGGCAGUCGAGCCGGCGGCCGGGGAGCCCAAGCGGGCGGAGAAGCCGAGCGGCAGCACCAGCCAGGAGCAGGCGGUGCCCAGCGAGCAAGCCGUGAAGAAAACCCCCAUUAAAAAGCCUCCCAGGAAGAAGAGCCGAGAAGCCGGCCUGGAGCCGCCCAGGGCAGCCGCUGUGCCCGCUCAGGCGGUGCAGUGA